GAGGAACAUAAACAAGCAACGGAAACUAUAGUAUUAAAUCAAGCCGCGCGUUUAGCCCAUAUAUUGGGUGCCAAGUUUCUGCGCACAGUCCAGGAAUCUCUAAACAGGGUUUAGAGGUCUUUCUGAAGUCCCCCUUUUUCCCCCUCUGAAGCCCGGAUUGGUCACAGUGCGGCUCAUUUGCAUGCCUCGCCGUAUAAACCCUCCUGCAGACACUGCAGCCCUCUUGCGCUGAGAGCAGCACACCUCCAGUAGAGAGAGAGAGAGAGAGAGAGCGGAGCGCAUCAGAGUGCGCAUUGAGAGACAUAUGGAAUAUUUAUUACUGGCUUUGUACAGAAAAUAAAGAAGCAGGAGAGUGGACACAGACAGGAGAGGAGAGACUUUUCAGGUGCUUUUUGAGAAACUUUUCACUGGACUCAGAUUGGGCAGUUUCUUGAAUUUCACAAUAUUUUGGAGUGAAGGUGUAAAGAUGGGAGGAAAAGGGUGGAACGGGCGGCUGGUGCUGGUGUGCGUCUCUUUGGCGAGCCUGGCCGUUCUAACAAGAGCAAAGACGGUGAAAUAUCAGACAUUUGAGGAGGACGCACCGGGGACAGUGAUAGGAAACUUGGCCAAGGACAUCUCUUCCUCAGCCUCCUCCUUGGGAAGCUCCAGGAACAAUUUCAGGAUGAUGAAACAGUUCAACUCGUCUUUUAUCCGGCUGAGGGAGAGCGACGGACAGCUGAGCAUCGGGGAGCGAAUAGACCGGGAGCGAAUCUGCAAACACACCCUGCACUGCCUCAUCUCUUUUGAUGUGGUCAGCUUCUCCAAAGAGCAGUUCAAACUCAUCCACGUCGAGGUGGAGGUCAAGGACAUUAACGACAACUCCCCCGAGUUCCCCCGGAAAGAGUCGAGCAUGGAGAUCUCAGAGAACACGGCGGUGGGCACGCGGAUCCCGCUGGACUUCGCUGUGGAUGAUGAUGUUGGAGUGAACUACAUCCAAAGCUACCAGAUCUCCGUCAACAGCCACUUUUCCAUCGACGUGCUCAGCAGGGCCGACGGGGUUAAAUAUGCGGAGCUGGUGCUCAUGAAGGAGCUGGACCGGGAGACGCAGGCUUCUUACGCGCUCGAGCUGGUUGCCAUGGAUGGUGGCAACCCGUCCCGCACCGGAACCACGCGCAUAAACAUCAAGGUGAAAGACUACAAUGACAACAGCCCUGUGUUUGACCGGAACAGCUUCUCCGUGGACCUGCCCGAAGAUGCUCCGGUGGGCACCCUGCUGCUGGACCUGAACGCGGAGGACCCGGACGAGGGUCUGAACGGGGAGGUGGUGUACGGGUUCGGGAACCAGGUGCCCACAGAGAUCCGACAACUCUUCAGAGUGGACCGAAAGACCGGGAGGCUCACCCUGGAGAGCCCGAUUGACUUUGAAAGUAAGAACACGUAUGAGUUUGACGUCCAGGCCACCGACCUGGGUCCGAACCCGAGCCCGGCCAUCUGCAAAAUUGUGGUGCAGGUUCAGGAUGUUAACGACAACGCACCUGAGAUCUCCAUCACCCCCAUGACAUCCAUCACAGCCGGGAUCGCGUACAUCACCGAGGCGGCAGCCAGAGAGAGCUUUGUGGCACUGGUCAGCACCUCGGACAGAGACUCUGGCGCGAACGGGCAAGUCCACUGCACGCUGUACGGACACGACCACUUCAGACUGCAGCAGGCGUACGAGGACAGCUUCAUGAUAGUGAGCACGAGUCCGCUAGACCGGGAGAAAAUCCCGGAGUACAACCUGACAGUGGUGGCGGAGGAUCUGGGCUCACCCCCCUUUCGGACCAUCACCCAGUACACCAUCAGACUCACGGACGAGAACGACAACGCGCCGGUGUUCAGCAAACCAGUGUACGAGGUGGCAGUGGUGGAAAACAACGCACCAGGCGCGUACAUCACCACGGUGGUGGCGCGCGACAUGGAUUUGGGGUCAAACGGGAAGGUCAGCUACAAACUGGCGGACACAUACUUUAUGGGCUCCCCAAUCUCCACCUUUGUGUCUCUGGACCCCGCCAGCGGCUCCCUGUACGCGCUGCGGAGCUUCAACUACGAGGUGGUGAAGCAGCUGGAGCUCCGCAUCACGGCCAGUGAUGGAGGCUCCCCGCCUCUGUCCGGGAGCGCUAGCGUCUAUGUGAGGGUCGUGGACCAGAAUGAUAACGCUCCGGUCAUUACUCAGCCUCCGCUCAACAACGGCUCCGCUGAAGUCCUACUGCCCCGGGACGCACCGAGCGGCUACGUCAUCACGCGGGUGGAGGCGCGGGACGCAGAUGAGGGGGUUAACGCGGAGCUGUCCUACGGGCUGGCCACCGGUGAACCCUCCGUGUUCUCUGUUAACAAAGCCACGGGGGAGAUCUACCUGAACCAGGUGCUCAGCCACGACGUGGAUGAGACCCUGAGCGUGACCGUAACGGUCAGUGACAACGGGAGGCCCGCGCUCACCUCCACAGCCACGCUUCACUUCCUAAUCAUCGCAGGUUCCCCGCCGAGCGACAGGACCGUGUACCAGGCGGGCAGUGGGGACGAGACGCACGCGCAGUGGGACCUGUCCGUGGUGAUUAUCGUCGUGCUGGCAGGGAGCUGCACCCUCCUGCUGCUCGCCAUCAUCCUCAUCGCCACCACCUGCAACAGACGCAAGCGGGACAAGAGCGGAGAAGACAGCGACUCGUACGGGGAGAAAGGCACGCUGGAAAGGGGCAGGAAUCACGUGGCGGACAACCCACUGCUGCCUCUGCACGCGGGGGGAACAGGGGUUACAGGAGGCUUUGAUGGACACUCGUACAGCAGUCAGGCCGGAGGGUUCACCCCAGCUCACCCCGGGGGCAGCGACAUGUGCUCAGCCUCAGAAGACGGCAGUGAAGUGCCCUGCGUGUACGACUCCGACUCCAACAACAAGCCUCGAAGCAACAAACACGAGGUGAGAUGCACAUUUGGGACAUCAAGAAGGGUGGGGAGGGGCGACGUGGCACUUUGUUUUUACCCAGCAGACAUUAACCUGUAUUUUCUCUCUCCUCUUGCAGGGAUACUCCACUCUGCCUGGUUAUGGGAACGGAAAAGAGGCAGUGAGACCCAUCACUAUCUGGAAAGGGAACUCUUACACCACCAUCUCCGCCCGGGACCCCGCCUUCAGUGGGAAAGACAGCGGGAAGGGAGACAGUGACUUCAAUGACAGCGACAGUGAUGUCAGUGGAGACACCCACCUGAAGAAAGAUGGAGUUGUUGUCCCUCCGAUGGGCGGCCAAAAUGGUAAGAAAACCACCCUUUCAAAAUAAAACACCUUCAUGAAAUUGUGCCUUUUGGUUCAAAAUUAAGCCCCUUCUUCCUUCUUCUUUUAGCUUUGUGGGCGUGCACCAGUGAAUGUAAGGUCCUGGGUCACUCAGAUCGCUGCUGGAGCCCCUCAGCCGUCAGAGCCAACGCAGCCCCCUCUCCAGCCCCCACCCUCUCCUCCUUCAGCAGCCUCUCCAAGACCGCCUCUCUGCCCCGGGACCCCCACCGCAGGGACAACUACUACCAGGCCCACAUCCCCAAAACAGUGGGCCUGCAGAGCGUGUAUGAGAAAGUGCUGCACAGGGAGUACGACUACGUGAUGGUGACCCCACCCCGACCUGUGAGGGUGCAGGAGAUCAGUGAAGUGACCCUGCCUGUGUACACCCCCACCCCUACACACUGUCCCAACAAUGAGAGUGUGUGAAACUGACUCUGCACAAACACUUGAGCUCUGCACUCUCAAAGAAAUGUAUAAAGUUUAAUUUAUGAUCCAAGACAAUGAGAAUAAUGUAAGAUUUUGUUACAGUGGAGAGUGUGCAUCCAAAACUUUGAUCUCCUUCUAUUAUUGUGUUUCUGUUUGAUUGUAAAAGCCACAUUUGAUGUCCAUUCAAUCACUUUAUGGGACAUUUUGCUGGACAUGAAGUGUAUUAUAUGCAAGUUUUGUACAUACAGAGAUUUUAUUUUUUAUAAAAGUAAUAAUUAAACAAAGAUAUGUAAAUAUAAAUUGUAAUUAUUGAUCUUUACGCACGCUGAUUAUUUAAAAAUUGCCCCGGAAACUGUGCAGUUUGAAGGGCGGGAGACCCACAAUGUAUCAAGUUGAUAACUGAUGUAUGGAUUUAUUUGAAUGCAAUAAUAAUUAAUUGUACAGAUUCUUUUCUAUGAUCACGGUAUUCUGAGAGGAAAUAAACUUUGAAAUACUGUUCUGAAAA